CGCGCGCCUCCCGGGUGUCACGUGACGCGCGCCGCCCACGUGACCGGUGGCGCUCGCUCUCGUACCCCGGCUGCGGGCGGAGCCGGCUACGGCGGCGGAGCUGAGGAGCUAGCGGAGCCUGGGCCCGGAGGAGCGGCCUGGCAGGGAGAGGCCUGAUUUUAAAGGCCAGAGGAUUGGACACACUGGGGAAGUGAAUGUGACCCAUUUCCAUAAAGCAGAGAUGUCAGCUUAUUUAUAGGAAUCACCCAAAGCCAGAGUCAUGGUGGAUGUAGGAAAGUGGCCAAUCUUUACUCUGAUUUCACCCCAGGACACUGCAUCAAUCAGGAAAGCAUGUGUCUUUGGUACGUCUGCCAAUGAGGCUAUCUAUGUCACUGACAAUGACGAGGUCUUCGUGUUUGGACUGAACUACAGUAACUGUCUAGGAACUGGAGAUAACCAGAGCACUCUGGUGCCCAAGAAACUAGAAGCCUUAUGUGGAAAAAAGAUCAAAAGCCUUAGUUAUGGGAGUGGCCCCCAUGUCCUCCUCAGCACUGAAGAUGGAGUUGUCUACGCCUGGGGCCAUAAUGGAUACAGCCAGCUGGGGAAUGGGACCACCAAUCAAGGCAUUGCUCCUGUCCAAGUCUGUACCAACCUCUUGAUCAAGCAGGUGGUUGAGGUAGCUUGUGGUUCACAUCAUUCGAUGGCUUUAGCAGCUGAUGGAGAGGUAUUUGCAUGGGGCUAUAACAAUUGUGGUCAGGUGGGAUCAGGAUCUACAGUAAAUCAGCCAACUCCUCGGAAAGUUACAAGCUGUUUACAUACUAAGAGAGUGGUCGGCAUUGCCUGUGGUCAGACCUCAUCCAUGGCUGUUCUGGACAGUGGUGAGGUGUAUGGCUGGGGCUAUAAUGGCAAUGGACAGCUGGGCUUGGGAAACAAUGGUAACCAGUUGACCCCAGUGAGAGUGGCAGCUCUGCAAAACGUGUGUGUCAACCAGAUUGUCUGCGGGUAUGCACAUACUCUGGCGCUAACAGAUGAGGGCUUGCUCUAUGCCUGGGGAGCUAACACAUAUGGGCAGCUGGGAACUGGCAGUAAAAAUAAUCUGCUAAGCCCAACACCCAUCAUGGUGGAAAAAGAAAGGGUUAUAGAGAUUGCGGCCUGUCACUCCGCCCACACGUCUGCCGCUAAGACCCAGGGCGGGCACGUGUACAUGUGGGGCCAGUGCCGCGGGCAGUCGGUGGUCCUGCCCCACCUCACCCACUUCUCCUGCACCGAUGACGUGUUUGCCUGCUUUGCCACCCCUGCAGUCUCGUGGCGCCUCCUGUCUGUGGAGCACGAAGACUUUUUAACAGUUGCAGAUUCACUGAAGAAAGAAUUUGAUAGUCCAGAAACUGCUGAUCUGAAGUUUCGAAUUGAUGGGAAAUAUAUUCAUGUCCAUAAAGCUGUUUUGAAAAUCAGGUGUGAGCACUUCCGAUCCAUGUUCCAGUCCUACUGGAAUGAGGACAUGAAGGAGGUGAUAGAGAUAGACCAGUUUUCUUACCCCGUGUACCGUGCCUUUCUCCAGUACCUCUACACAGACACAGUGGAUCUGCCACCCGAGGAUGCCAUAGGUCUUUUGGACUUGGCGACAUCGUACUGUGAAAACAGACUGAAGAGGCUUUGUCAGCACAUCAUCAAGCGAGGAAUUACCGUGGAGAACGCUUUCUCAUUAUUCUCUGCUGCAGUCAGAUAUGAUGCAGAGGAUUUAGAAGAAUUCUGCUUUAAGUUUUGCAUCAAUCAUUUGACAGAAGUUACACAGACUACGGCAUUUUGGCAAAUGGAUGGUCCCCUGCUAAAGGAGUUCAUUGCUAAAGCCAGUAAAUGUGGAGCCUUUAAGAACUGAAGCCUGAGGCUGCUGGGCUGGGUGUGAGUGCUCUGGGGCACUGUGGGUGAUGUGAUUCUGCAGGUAAAACCCCACCAGGUUGCUCUUGUCACAUCAGAGACAGUGCUCUGUAGGAAUAUCUGAAGGAUGCUUGCUUUUCAUGAGCCCGUUUUACACAACUCUUGUUUCUAGAUAUGUAUAUUUUACAUGUGAUUUUCUUACAUGUGGCUGAUUGCCAUGAAAGGAUGAAAGUUUAGUUGCUUUUGAAUUUUUAGUUUUCAUGAGAGACUCUUUUGAACUUGGAUUAAGGAAGUCAGUGAGAUGUCCCUGGGUCUUUGGCAACAAGCCUGUUCACACUGCCCGUGAAGGAGAAGCCCAGUCCAGUGCCCCUGAGUGCUAUUCACUGUCACCACCUUCCUGUGGGAGCACCAGCACCGUGGGAGGCUCGUAAAAAAUACUGUUGAAUUUGCAUUAAACCCACUUAAACAGCCAAGAAAUGUUUAGAUUUGCCAAGAGUCUCUUAAGAUGUGGGCAUCUAGGUGCUGGAAAGAUGGCUCAGCAGGUAAAGGCUCUUAUCACUAAGCCUGAAGACUGAAGUUCAGUCCCCAGGAGAAAGAGAGCAGACUUUACAGAUUGUCCUCUGACCACUCUAUAUGCACUGUGACCACACACAUGCACACAAUAAAGAAGUAAUUUGAAAAACAAAAGAUGUAACUACCUGAAGAGUAAUGACUAGAACUACCUAUGAGAUGCUUAGGAGAAAAGAAGCAGUUGCUUUGAUAAAGGAGAGUGACCUAGAAGCUACAGUCUCCACUAAUUCAGGACUUAGCCUGAACAUUCCCAGCAAUGUUUCAUUAGGGUUGCAUUUGAGACUGCAUUGCACACUACCCCCCAACCCCACCCUGUUAAUACAGUGGCAGAUACUCUACAAAUGUGUUCCUUUGUGACUUGAUGUGAUUUUAAAACCACCCUUCUUACAGGAUUCAAUAGGGUCACUUUUUGGGUGGGGAAGUCUAGGCCAUAUUCCAUCACAAAUUCAUUUGAAGCUUCACCUUCUGGUUCUGGGUUUUUCGUUCUUUAAUUGUGUUAGGAAUACUUUUUGGCUUGCUUUAGUCUUGUAAUGGGGUUCCCCAAGUCACAGUUUUCCCUAAGAAGGCCAUUUUCAAAGAUUGUCUGUCUUUAGGUCUGACUGAAUGUUAGUGGGAUGCAGGAGUGUUGGUAGAUCUGACUGCAUGUUACCGGGAUGCAGGAGUGUUGGUGUUGCAGCUUUACCCAUUGAGCUUGCUUCCUCGGGGAGCCAUUGUCUGCUCUCUCCUCCCUGGACUCCUUUACAUUUGUGUGUGUUCUGUCUCCCGCUUAAACAGGACCUUCUGGACUUAGCCUGAGUACAGAGCCAUGUUAAGAAGGAGGGAGUGCUGCAGGCUCUGUUGGAGCAGUGCUUUAAAAUGUGUUAUCAGGGUAGAGUGGUGAGCAGGGCACCAAAGAUAGGAGUUCUUGACAGGAGAGAUAAAUACAAACCCAGAGUUUAACCCCUCUUCUUGUUUCCUGCUGUAGUAGUAAGUUAGAAUUGACUCUUCUGUGACAGUUUUUCCUCCUAGGACAUGAGUGCACAUUAAUUUGAUGUGCUGUAAUAGGCCGUCUGUAUGACCGCUGUCCUGUAGACGUAGGGUGUCAAGGUGGUAACUUCAGUACGUUUACUAUUGCUCUUACUUGAAAACCCUCUCCACAGAAAAGCACAACUCACAGCUGUAAACCCAUAACCCUAGAUGCUCACCUGACAAAACUCACUGAGUUCUGAUACAACUGAAGACACACUUCUCAGCUCCCCAGGGAGCUUGAGUGGCUGUGUAUGAUAGUAAAAGAACAAAUCCUUUCAAAAGUGUUUGAGUAUUUUUUUUAAUACAGCCUUUUUAUUUUUCUAUUUGGUUUUGUUUUUAAUCAUAGGAAACAAAAACUAUUCUUGAAAUUAAUGUUUUCUUCUGAUGUAAUAAUGGAAGCCAGAGAAGUCACAUUUCUUAAAAUAGCCUAAACUGUAUCCUUGAACUUACUGGAACAAUGUUUGAUACUUGAGUAUUUAGGAUGCAUUUAUGUUAUUUCUUGAAUGACAUUAAUAAACAAUCUCUUAAGUCAGGCA